UUGCUUGCUCGCUCGCUCUUUCCUUUCUCAACUCAGCAGCAGCUCGUAGUCAUAAAAGUGCUUGAGUAAAGUCGCCUCUGACAUCUAAUGGUUCAGAGAGGACGCGAAAAAUAAAAGUCACUUUUUUCUUCUUUUGGUGAGCUUUGUUUUUCCCUUCCAAAGCAACAAGUGGCAGCAACGCCCCGGGGCUGGUGAGUGAAAAAUCAAGCUCUCACCAUGUCUGAUGGGGAAUAUGAUUACCUCAUCAAGUUCCUAGCCCUGGGUGACUCUGGUGUGGGAAAAACUAGUUUCCUCUACCAAUACACUGAUGGCAAGUUCAAUUCCAAGUUCAUCACCACAGUUGGAAUCGACUUCAGAGAAAAACGAGUGAUAUACAAAUCUACUGGUCCUGAUGGCUCAUCAGAUCGAAGUCAGAAGAUCCACAUGCAGCUGUGGGACACCGCAGGACAGGAAAGGUUUCGGAGUUUGACCACUGCCUUUUUCAGGGAUGCUAUGGGUUUUCUUCUGCUGUUUGACCUCACCAGUGAACAAAGUUUCCUCAAUGUCCGAAACUGGAUGAGCCAGUUACAAGUGCACGCCUACUGCGAAAACCCAGACGUGAUUCUGUGUGGCAACAAAUGUGACCUGUCUGAACAAAGAGUCGUGAGGGAGGAUGAAGCCCGAGAACUGGCAGAAAAGUACGGAAUCCCUUACUUUGAGACGAGUGCGGCAAAUGGCCAGAACGUCAACGAGGCUGUGGACAUCCUACUCGACCUCAUCAUGAAGAGGAUGGAACGAUGUGUGGACAAGUCCUGGAUCCCUGAUGGCACCUUCAGAACCAAUGGACCCAACAAUGCAGACUUGGCAGACAGCUCAAACAAAGGCAAAUGUGCAUGUUAAGAAUGUGGAGGAGUCAUUUAAAUGAAAGGGGACCUAUUAUGCUCAUUUUUCGACCCUUUGUAUUGAGUUGUGGACUCCUAUAGAUCAGCUACACACAAUAACCCGCACAGAAAACCUUUUAGAAUUUGCAGAAUCUGCACCUAUUCCAGUUGUAUUUCCUUUGAUUUGUGCUUCCUGCCAAAACGGUCUGUGGUAAUUUAUUCCACCCACGGCCCGACUCCGGCAUGCCGGCUCCGCUGUGAUUGAUCACAUGUCCAAAGUGCUUCCUAAGUAUGCAAACCUCAUUAUCUGAAACUUUAGCAUCGUUUAGCACGAGAAUACAACAUUCUAACUAUAUUUAAAGGUCAGCAAAGUGGAAAACGCAUAAUAGGUCCUCUUUAAAUAUGAAGGUGAUGUGUCUGUUUUAGGUUAAACAUGCAAGUUGGUGAGCCAUAAACCUACUGAUUGGUGAUACCUGCUGUGUAAUAUGUCACUUACGUGCCUUUGGACAUUUGUGACUUUGUCGGGUGCUUGAGGGUGGGAAUAUUUGUUUACCAUAAUGCUAAAUUAUAAAAAGGCAACAUUAGUCAUAUACUGUAUGAGCUUUUUAAUUAUUUGGGACAACAUUCCUCAACAAUAAGCACCAAUUAUGUCUUCUGUAAGUAAUACAGAAAUAUAGAGAAAUACUGUAUAUGUGACAAAUAAUACAAUUUGUAUUAUUUGUGUUUGUAUUAUUUGAUUGUUUUGAUUUUUCAUUGAGUUUCUGAGUAAAGAAAAGUCAUAAAAUAUUCAUGCAAUUAUACAAAGGUUCAUUGAGAAGCAAUUUGUAUUUGCAGUUUCCAUUUCAAAUACUCCAGAUCACUUCAUAAACAUUGUAUAUUCUGUAUUCUAAUGUCAUCAUUUACAUGAAUGAUAUUUACACUUAAUGGCAGUAAAACACUGAAAUGCAAUUGUUGUCCAAAAUGGUUUUAGGUUUUUUUUUUUCAAAGUCCAUAAACUGACUCAUAUGUGUAAAAAUAAGAACAUGUGUGUUCCAAAUACAGUUGAUUUUUCAUCUAUACAUUUUCUAUGCCGCUUAUCCUCACAAGGGUCGCAGGUAUGCUGGAGCCUAUCCCAGCUGUCUUUGGGCGAGAGGUGGGGUACACCCUGGACUGGUCACCAGCCAAUCACAGGGCACAUACAAACAAACAAUCAUUCACACUCACAUUCGUACCUAUGGACAAUUUUGAUGUUAGAGGGAACUGGAGUACCUGGAGAAAGCCCACACACAGGGAGAACAUGCAAACUUCACACAGAGAUGUCCAAGCGGAGAAUCAAACCCAGGUCUUCCCGAUCUCCUGUCUGUGUGGCCCAUGCUCACCGCUCGGCCACUGCCGGCCCCAGUUGAUUUUUGCUCCCUUAAAAUUUGAAUUGAUCUAUUGAAUGAAUCGAAAUUCGUGCCAUAAUUUGAGAAAAUUGUGUAUUUAUUUUAAUAAAGAAAAUACAACAUUUUUAUUUAUUUAUAAUGAACUGUAAUUUGAAUAAAAAU